UUCAAAUGUAUUACUAAUAGAUAUAAUAUGUUUUUGCCAAAAAAGGUCUACUCCUACUGACUUAUGACUGCUUUCAAGAGUCAACUCAAACGUAAACAUUUAUUAACAAAAUAACCCAAACAUUUAUUUUAUUCAGUAGGACAUUAAAAUGGACGCUUUGAAAUGGACAAACAUUAUGUGAGAUUAUAGUCGAAGAAGAAGUUAACAAAGAACAUAUUGUACAAUUGUGAUGUUUAGUCUUAUCGAAAAUUGUUUUGAGUGAAAAUGUUUCGCAAAGAUCUGCAAGAUUAUAGUUCAUCCAGUCAAAACAUGGAUUCUAUUACUAUUGAUAUGGUUCUCGAAAUCCAGAAAGAUUUGGAUCCUUACGACAUUGUGUCACUCGUAUUUCUACUAUAUGAAAUACCAGAUACAGCUCUUCAACGUUUGAUCGUGUAUCAAAAAGUAUCAAAAGACGUUGAAUAUGAUAGUAUGAAUCUUUUACAUCAGUGGGCAACGCAUGCGAAAGUACGACCUACAUGGAAAUAUGAAUUUUUAGAAUCGCUAAGUAUUUGCAGACUUUAUAAUGUAAUUAGAAAACUAGGUUUCGAUUUAACAACUGUAAAACAGCACUAUCAACCUGAUAAUAUUACUUUCAGUGCCCAUGUAAGUCCUAUUAAGAAAGUUUUAUACAACUUAUGUGAUAAUACUACUUCAGAAGUUAUGUUCAAACUAAAAAAAACAUUGCUGUCAUAUGGUAUUGAUACUACAGACCAUGAGAGUUGUGAAUUGAUAAUAUUAGAGCUAAUUUGUAGAAAAUUUAUUGUAUUCCAAGAUUUUAUCAGAAAUGCUACCCCAGCUAAAGUUGAUGUUCAAAGAUUCUGUCAGAUUCUAGAUCAUUUUCCUGCAUUUGCUUCAUAUGUUGCUCAUCUCAAGGAAUUAGAGAACAAAUUAAAUGGUCAACACAAUUCAUCUAGCUUCAAUGUGUCUACCAGCACUCCAGUUACAACAGCAGAAGUAGAUAAUGAGUACAAUAAAGAUAAUAAAGGUGGAGAAAGCAGCUUUGAAGAAGUAUAUGAACUUCUUAACCAGAUGAACCUUGAAGACAUUCCUAGCAAUUGGAAAGCUGAUAAUGUUUUAUUAAAUAAUGAUUCAUAUUUUAUAAGGAAUCCGAAACGUGUUGGAGUAUGCUGUAUUAUUAAUCAAGAAAUAUUUAAUCCAUCCAAGGAAAAUAUAGAGAAAAAUAUACAUGUUCAUCUUCCAAUGAGAAGUGGUUCAACACAGGACCAAAUAGCAUUAGAAUCAACCAUGUUGUCUCUUAACUUUGAAGUGAUAGUUGGGAAAAAUUUAAAUCAUAUAGAAGUAUUUAAUUUUAUCAAGGACAUAAUUAAAUACAGGGUCUCUGAAGUCCAUAGUGUUUUCAUGCUAUGUAUACUUUCUCACGGCAUUAGAGGCCAUGUCUAUGCUGCAGAUUCAAUAAAAAUAAAGAUAGAGGACAUUCAAAUGUUAUUAGAUUCAGAUAUAGCCAAGAAUCUUUAUGGCAAGCCUAAGGUUUUGAUUUUGCAAGCAUGUCAAGUUGAUGAAGAUUCUUACAAAGACAGAGGCUUAGUUGCUGAUGGACCCCCUCCCAAGUACUUCAUGAGGAAAUCCGAUUUUUUAAUUUAUUGGGCUACUUCACCUGAGUUCAAAGCUUUUAGACAUGAAGAAAAAGGAUCAAUAUUCAUCCAGUUUUUGUGUAGUGCUCUAAAAGAAAAAGCACAAAAAGAGCAUGUGUAUGAUAUAUUUACAAAAGUGAAUAACAUAGUUACCAAAACAUGUUGUAAAGUUAAGAAGUUACAAGUACCAAUCUUUGAAUCAACACUUAGGAAAAAGCUUUAUUUAUAUAUACCAUCACACUAAUUACAAUCGCAAAUGACUACUGUUUAUGCUUAAAAGUGUUACCAAUUUUAAUUGAAUAUACAUAUAUAAAA